AUGGGCGCGCGCCUAAUUCUCUCCUCGCGCUCCGCGGAGCGCCUGGAGGCGGUGCGCGAGACGUGCCGCGGGAAGCACGCGCCGGAGGGGAUAGUGGUGCUGCCGUUCGACCUUAAGGGGGGCGCGGACGUGCUGCGCGGCGCAGUGCGCCAGGCGGAAAGCGCGUUCCUCGGGGGGGAGGGGGCGUGCGGAGGGGGGGAAGAACCCUGCGGGGUUGACGUGCUGGUUCUGAAUGCUGCCCAUCUGCGCCCGCCUCAGCCUCCCUCCGUCGCACUCUCCCACUCACACUUCUCCCAUCCCCCCCCCCCCCCCCCCCCCCCCUCCUCGUCUCGCUUCGCCCCUGUGCAUAAGCUCACAUGUGAGGACACUCCAGAGGACACUCUUCGGGACACUCUUCGGGUAAGCCCCCCUCUCUCCCAACUCUCGUCUCUCUCUUCUGCCACGUGUGAGGACACUCCCGAGGACACUCUUCGGGGCAUGCUAGAGGUCAACGUGGUUGCCACAAUAGAGCUCACGCGCCACCUCCUGCCGUGCAUGAUGCAGCGCAACAAGGGGCAGAUUCUCGUGCGCAACAAGGGGCAGAUACUCGUGAGUUUCCCAGCGGAAUGUGCAUGCAUGAAAAUCUUUAAGGCAGACGUUUGGGUAAGUGCACUUAGUCCCUCCUGCUUCUUCCUACAGGUGAGCAGUGCAGCGGGCAAGCUCCCCGCGCCCACGCAGGGCGUAUACGCCGCCACCAUGCAUGCUCCUUGCUCUCUUCCUCCUUUUGAUAUCCUCCUCACUCCCUCCUCCCCCUUCCUCUCCUCCCCUAAUCAGGUGAGCAGUGCAGCAGGCAAGCUCCCCGCGCCCACUCAGGGCGUAUACGCCGCCACCAAGCACGCCCUGCAUGGGUACUUCAACACGCUGCGGUACGAAGCGGUGCAGCACGCUGAGGGGGCAGUCAAAUCCGCAACCAAGCCCUCCGCUGAUCAAGUACAUGUUCCUGCUGCUGCUGCUGCUGCUGCUGCUGCUGCUGCUGCUGCUGCUGCUGCUGCUGCUGGGGGAGAUGAGAAGGCCUCGCGCAUGCCAGCAUCGCAAUGUGCUGAGCUCAUUGACUCGCGCAUGCCAGCAUCGCGAUGUGCAGAGCUCAUAGUGAGCGCUGCUGCUUGGAGGCUAGAAGAAGCAUGGAUCUCCAGACAUCCGGUGCUGCUACUCAUGUACCUCGCACAGUACUUCCCUGCCACCUGCUCAUACUCCUCUCAACCCCUUCCCCUGCCCCCAUCUGUGCCUUCCCCCAUCCCACCUGUACCCCCCAGCCGGUGCUGCUACUCAUGUACCUCGCACAGUACUUCCCUGCCACCUGCUCAUACUCCUCUCAACCCCUUCCCCUGCCCCCAUCUGUGCCUUCCCCCAUCCCACCUGUACCCCCCAGCCGGUGCUGCUACUCAUGUACCUCGCACACUACUUCCCUGCCACCUGCAGCAUACUCCUCUCAACCUCCCCCUUCCCCCCUCUUUCCUCCCUGUCCCCCAUCUGCACCCCCCCAUGCGUGUCCCCCCAUAUACCCCCCAGCCGGUGCUGCUACUCAUGUACCUCGCACAGUACUUCCCUGCCACCUGCAGCAUGCUCUUCAGAAAGAUUGGUCCCAAGAGAUGCGAAGAUCCACCACCCCCUCCCCUCGUUCCUCCCCACCUCGCUCCUCCUCCCCUCUUUCCUCGCUCUCCUCUCCGUCUCUCUCCCCCUCGUCCCUCUCACCAGCCCUCUCUCCCCGCCGUUCACCCAUCUCGGUCCUCCCCCGUCCCUCCUCCUCGCAUCAAACCUUGUCUGCUACCAAGCCUCCCCUUGACUUGUGCAAUUGAGAGAGCAGAAAUGCCUGCCAAUCCUCUCACCAGCCCUCUCUCCCCGCCGUUCACCCAUCUCUGUCCUCCCCCACCCCUCCUCGCAUCAAACCUUGUCUGCUACCAAGCCUCCCCUUGA